GGCUGCCUCCGGGGGAAGGCUGAGCAGGCGCCCAUUUCCUCCAGCCCGCUUUGGCCGCCCCGCCAGCAUCCUCCGCCAGCCUUUGCAGCGGGCAAGGAAGGCAAGGCAAGGCGACGAGACCUGCGGAUCUCCAGCCUCACCGCCCCCGGCUCCCGCGCCCUCCUCCUCCUCCCUCGUUUUCGGCGCAACAGGACGAAGAGUGGCGGCUCUGAGGCCAGCUGCCCAUCUCCACUCCUGCCUCCCCCGAAAGGGCAGCGUCCUGGGCUGCAAAGAGCCAUGACCGCGGAAAAGAGCCUCCCCAUCAUCAACGGGAAGCCCGAGGAUGCCCUGGACCCCGAGGCCUCCAGCACCAACUUGGUCCACAGCAACGACAAGAAGGUGCACGAGCGGGGCCACUGGAACAACAAGGUGGAGUUCGUGCUCUCCGUGGCCGGGGAGAUCAUCGGGCUGGGCAACGUCUGGCGCUUCCCCUACCUCUGCUACAAAAAUGGAGGAGGUGCUUUUCUCAUACCCUACGUGGUUUUCUUUAUUUGCUGUGGAAUACCAGUGUUUUUCCUGGAAACUGCAUUGGGACAAUUCACAAGUGAAGGAGGAAUUACUUGCUGGAGAAAAGUGUGCCCAUUGUUUGAAGGUAUUGGAUAUGCUACCCAGGUUAUUGAGGCACACUUGAAUGUUUAUUACAUCAUCAUUCUAGCAUGGGCUAUCUUUUAUCUGUUCAACUGCUUUACUACUGAGCUUCCUUGGGCAACCUGUGGGCAUGAAUGGAAUACUGAGCAUUGUGUGGAAUUUCAAAAACUUAACAUCAGCAAUUGCACUCAACAACAUUUGAAGAAUGCUACUUCUCCAGUCAUGGAAUUUUGGGAACGCAGAGUGCUGGCCAUAUCAAAUGGAAUUGAACACAUUGGAAAUCUUCGUUGGGAGCUGGCGCUCUGUCUACUGGCUGCCUGGACUAUCUGCUACUUUUGCAUUUGGAAAGGAACAAAGUCCACUGGCAAGGUUGUAUAUGUAACUGCUACAUUUCCUUACAUCAUGCUUUUGAUUCUGCUGAUUCGAGGAGUAACACUACCUGGAGCUUCUGAAGGGAUAAAAUUCUACUUGUACCCUGACUUAUCUCGACUUUCUGACCCACAGGUUUGGGUGGAUGCUGGAACACAGAUAUUUUUCUCCUAUGCCAUCUGUCUGGGAUGCUUGACAGCCCUAGGGAGCUACAACAACUAUAAUAAUAACUGUUACAGAGACUGCAUUAUGCUGUGUUGUUUGAACAGUGGCACGAGCUUUGUCGCUGGUUUUGCUAUCUUUUCUGUCCUUGGCUUUAUGGCAUAUGAACAGGGGGUGCCCAUAGCAGAAGUUGCAGAAUCAGGACCUGGACUAGCUUUUAUUGCUUAUCCAAAAGCUGUGACAAUGAUGCCUCUUUCUCCAUUAUGGGCAACAUUAUUUUUCAUGAUGCUCAUAUUCCUUGGAUUAGACAGUCAGUUUGUGUGUGUUGAAAGUCUUGUGACAGCUGUAGUGGAUAUGUAUCCAAAGGUUUUCCGGAGGGGAUAUAGACGAGAACUGUUGAUUCUUGCUCUUUCAAUCGUGUCCUUUUUCCUUGGUCUAAUAAUGUUAACAGAGGGUGGAAUGUAUGUUUUCCAGUUGUUUGACUCCUAUGCAGCCAGUGGGAUGUGCCUUCUUUUUGUUGCCAUAUUUGAAUGUGUCUGCAUCGGCUGGUUUUAUGGAAGCGAUCGUUUUUAUGACAACAUUGAAGAUAUGAUUGGAUACAGACCACUGCCAUUGAUUAAAUGGUGCUGGAAGUUGCUCACUCCUGGAAUCUGCGCCGGAAUAUUCAUCUUUUUCUUGGUGAAAUACAAGCCACUGAAGUACAACAACAUAUAUACGUAUCCAGAUUGGGGUUAUGGUAUUGGAUGGAUGAUGGCUCUCUCCUCUAUGGUUUGCAUUCCUUUGUGGAUCUGUAUUCAGCUGUGGAAGACGGAAGGAACCAUCUUAGAGAGGUUCAGAAAACUGAUUGUGGCCAGCCCAGACCUGAAAAUGAGAGGAAAGCUUGGAGCUGGCCUAUAUGCUGCUACAGUAAAUGACUAUGAUGCCAAACUGAAAGGUGAUGGUAACAUUUCAGCCAUCACAGAAAAAGAGACGCACUUCUGAAAUAAAUUUAUUUUGAAUAUUUUUGUAUAAAUAAAGUAAAUAAAUGAAAUACUUCACUUAAUUAUAGAGGCCAGCUUGUUUUGCACAACUUUAUUAACAAGUUAAUUUUAAAGUGAACUUGUAUACUUGUUUAAAAGUGAUUUUAAUUAUUAUAUAAGUAAUGAUUAUAUAUAUAUAUAAAUAUAAAUAUAAAAAUGAAAUAGAAUUCUUUGUUAGUGAUGACUUGUAAUAUGGUGAUUUCAGUACAUAUUUUAUAGAUCCCAGAAGGAUCUAUAUAAUGUGUUGUAAAACUUUUAUACUUUGGGGUUUUUUUAAAGGCAUGAUGUUGUAUAGCUGUACACUUUCUAAUUUGUAAACAUUUCAGACCAUUUCAGCUUCUAUUGUAUGUAUAUAAAGGGAAUCACAAUGUCCUUAUGUUAAUAUCCAAGGGAAUUGUCUUCAGACGUGUACCUUUCUGAAUUUAAACCUCUUUGUCUAAAUAUUUCCCUUGACUGUCAAAUAGGUUUGCUAUGUACCACUGGAAACAAACCCCGAAAGUUCAUAUGCUUGUAUUCUCAAAAUAGAAACUGCCCAAGUAAACUUUCAUAUUUGGCAAAUAUGUUCUCCUACAUUUUGAAGCAAUGUCUUUGUGACCUCUCAGUAUCUAAUAUCCAAUUAGGACACUGGAUCAAAUAUAAAUAAUUGUGCUGGAAUAAUAUGUCUUGAACAGCAGCUUCCACAUUGAAGGGAGGUCACUUUUGAGGCAUUGAGAUAUCAGGGCGCAGUUUCAAGGGAAAAGGCAGGGCUGUUUUCAACAAUGUUUCAAAUUAUCAAUAAGGAUAGCAAAUAACAGCCAAUAUCCUUCAUCACCACCUUGGUUCUGAAUGCUUAAUGUAAGUAAAGUCUCCUGGCCUGGCCACCUCCAAACCUACCUUAGCAGCCAGCAACUACAUCAAGUGUUUAACUGGCCAUCUCGGUGCAGGAGGGUGAUUUACGCAGCUCUCACUCAUGAGAAAAUUAAGAGGCAACAAACAGGAGCCCCACCAUGAUUUCCUUCUUGCAGCCUCGUUCACUGAUGGGCGGAGUCCAGAAAUGUCAUCUUCCUGUAUCUCAAUAAUCAGCUGGAAAUACUUGAUGCAACUGCUGGCUGUUAAUAUAGAUGUGGGUGGUAUACUAUGUUACUUGGUAUGGUGUAGUUAUAAAUCCUGAAUUCUAGGUUACAUAUCCAUACAUUCAAUGCAGAAUGCCAGCCAGCAUUGUUUACUGAAUAAGUGAAGGAGGAAAAUCUCAUUACUUCAAGAAAAUGGAAGAACUGUAUCUAUCCUCUAGAUUUUCUGUUAUUCCAUACCUUGUCAUUACAGAUGUAGAAAUGUGGUGAAAAGAAUUACUAUUUUGCUGGGAGACGGGACUCACUACAGAAACUAUACUUAUACAUAAAGUAGAUAUCAACACAGUCACUUCAAUAUAUCUUUGCUGCCCAGGUGCUGUUUCAUGGAAUUUUAAAAAUAUUCACAUUUAUUUUUUCCUCAGUUGAUAACACUACUUGCAUAAAAUAUCUCAUUGCUCCAGGUUUGUAGGAGGCAAUAAAAUUGUGUAUUGCAUGCAACAUUGGACUGACAAAAAACUGAUAUAGUCUGAUUUCAAUGCCUUUUCCAAUGCUACUGAAAACAGAUAUCUUUCAAAGUACUGAUGACUGUGAUAGUAAUAAUAUGUAGCAUAUAUAUGAUGUUUUAAUUAACACAUCCUUGGACAUCAUAUUGUUUUUCUUUAAUAUCUGUCAUAUCUACCAGUAUUCAGAAUAAAUUAGAAUCAUUUAGAGGCAUUAAAGAGUUGUGGGAAACUCCAUUAGACCACAAAUCAAUCUGGUAUAUCAUAGGUGUAAUAGAUCACAUAGGCUAAAAUUAUUAGAAAGUUAAGCCACAUCCUUCUACUUUUUACUGGCAAAUAUAUAUACAGUAGAGUCUCACUUAUCCAAGCUAAACGGGCCGGCAGAAGCUUGGAUAAGCGAAUAUCUUGGAUAAUAAGGAGGGAUUAAGGAAAAGCCUAUUAAACAUCAAAUUAGGUUAUGAUUUUACAAAUUAAGCACCAAAACAUCAUGUUUUACAACAAAUUUGUCAGAAAAAGCAGUUCAAUACGCAGUAAUGUUAUGUUGCAAUUACUGUAUUUAUGAAUUUAGCACCAAAAUAUCACGAUAUAUUGAAAACAUUGACUACAAAAAUGGCUUGGAUAAUCCAGAAACUUGGAUAAACAAGGCUUGGAUAAGUGAGACUCUACUGUUUAUAUAUUUUGUAAUUGUUGCACUGAACAAGUUGAGUAUUACUUAUCUGGUAUUCCAAAAUACUCCUGAAUCCAAAAUUGUUCACAGGGAUGAUUGAAAUAAUCAUACCUUUCCUUUCUGGUGGUUCAGUGUAUACAAACUUCAUCUCAUGCACAAAAUUAUUAAAAUAAUGUGUAUAAAAUUAUCUUCAGGCUGUGUGUAUAAGGUUUAUAUGAAGCAUAAAUGAAUUUCAUGUUUCAACUUGGGUCCCAUAUCCAAGAUACCUCAUGUGUAAUCAAGUAUUGCAAAAUUUGGGGGGGGGGGGGGGUGACACAUGGGACACUUCUGUUCCUAAGCAUUUCAAAUAAGAAAUGUCCAAUUUGUAUUUUCAUUUAGGAAAAGUGUGUUUAUGUCCAAUUUUAAAAGUGGGAAAUGAGACAAAGAGCUGCAGCUAGCUCCUGAGUUCAAAGGAUUUGCUUAGUUUGGUUGUUGUUUCAUUUCAAUUUGAAACAUGAGGACCCCCACUCCAAAAAACUAAUCUGUGUUGCACUAGAUGUAAGAAUCAUGAGGAUGGGAUUUGGAUGAGUACUAUGUGAACUAAGCUACUUCUACACAUUCUUUCACUCCUGUUUACUCCAAAUGCUCUUGCCAGCAGUUGAUUUCAGGCAGGAAAGAGGGCUUAUAUAGCCCUUCAAAUGUUGGACUGACAGAUCUAGAUGGCAUAGCUAGUGGAGAGAUAAGCAAGAUUUUACUGGCCACAUGAUUCCAUCCCUAGAUAUAAGGUAUAAAGUCUUGUUGCUCCUAUUGUAAAAUGACUGUGAGUCAAAAAUACUUGUCAUUGCAGAUAACCUAGAAAUCUACCAUUAGAUCUAAGUCAACCUACCCGCUCUGGUUUUUAUAGACUAGGCUAAACUGUGGUAUUUCUCACUCAGGCUACAGUCAACUUUCAAAGUGAACUUUUAUCAGUAUGCAUGGCACACCCCACCAUGUAGAGGUGGACAUAAUCAAAAUGCCAGUUUUCACAGUUUUUCUAGCAACAAUCUAAAAUAGCAUGUCACUGAAAAAUAGCAUGUCACAGCUAAGGUGUGUCUUAAGUCAGGUGUUUUAUUAGGAUCAAAUAUAGAAAUGCAUUAGUGUUCAUGAAAGAGAGCGCCAUGUAUUGACAUGCAUAAUGACAUGAAUACUGAAAACUACCCACAAUCAGUGUGUCAUGUACACAUUCCAAGAUGCCCUGGGUCACCCUGAAUCUCACCUGUUAAAUGAACAUCUAAUUGUUCAGGUUAUAAAAAAUGGGGGGGGGGGCUUUGAUUGUUCCAUCCUUUCUAUCUAUAGAAAGCGCAGUCAGAAAUGAGAAAAAAAAACAGUCAAACUUUGACAUCUAUAUGCAUGAUUUGUUUUUCUUGAAUUUUGUAGAUAUAACUUGUCAAAUAUAUACCAAUUAAAUGUUUAUUAAUCAAUUGCUAGAAACAUCAUACUGUCAUUUUUGAGGUAUGGAAUAUAAUAAGUGCCCGUUAUAUCAAAAGAAAGCCAAACUGUUAGUUUGUAAGACAGGCUGUACUCUUUAUCCCGGAAUAUCCACAUUCUGUCAUUUUAGUAUUAUUAUUAUUAUUAUUUUAUUGUAUGACACAGCAAACAAGAUAGAUAUGCUGGAUUUCGUUUCACAAAAUCACAAGUCGAACACUUCCCAAGUGUCUAGGACUGUGUGAUGUAUUUUCGGAUGAUGCGUGCGGAUCCCACCACGUCAAGGUGGCACCUGCAGGGGAGGGGGAUGAUGAUGAUGAUUAUUAUUAUUAUUAUUAUUAUUAUUAUUAUUAUUAUUAUUAUUAUUAUUAUGUUUGGGGAAUUGCUAAAAAGAAAUCUAUUCUGAUGUAUCAGCAUUAUAUACCUAUAUAAAGUACUUUUAAGUAAUCUCAUUCACUGAAGCUGUUUAUGCAUGUUUCCCAAAAUACAGUGAUGUGUUGCAGUAUGCAAUGUUUAUCAUGUCACAAUACAGUAAUUUCAGGUGGACAUUCUCAUUUCAGUGAAAGAAACUCUUUGUCCAGUCCUAUGUCACUGAGCACUCAGUUCCACCAUAUUGAAUGGGCCUCCCUAUCAAAUAAGCAUAGUUACAAUUUCGGUUUUUCUCUGUUGCUGGUGAAUUUGAAUUGUCAUGUAUGGAAUAUUGUACUCCAUGUAUCCCAUGAGGUACUGUUUGUGGAAUAUGAUUCCUUCUCUGCUGCUAUGAACUAUUUCAUCAAUAGCUUUAUACACAUACAUGUGGUUUGGCAUGGUCUAAAGCAGUGUUUCUAAUUUGCUGUGCUUGUAAAUGUGCAGAUUUACUACUUGAUCCAUUUAACACUUGUACUUAAUUUUUGUAAUGUAUUGGGGUAAAGGGAAGGGAGUUUGGUUCAAACUCCCUAACUAGUUCUGUUUUUUUUUAUUUUGUUUUGUUUUUCUGAAACAAAAUGUGAAGACAAACAGCAAUGAUAUUAUGAUGACUUAUUUUGAUAUGCAAUAGGAAACAAUAAUGCCCCUUUAUGACAUAUAUGCAGUAUUAUUCAAAAGUAAAGAAGAGCCCAGACUUAUGUACUGUUUUACACAAAGAAAGAUUUUAUUUGGUAUUCAAGGAAGCACAACAUUUUUCUGCUUACUCCUUUAUAAAAAAAAAAAAAAUGGGUAAACAUUC